CUUCUAUGGAACAUGUGCAAAACAGCAGGAUUUAUGGCGAUCGUCUUCAUGAUUAUUAUUGCCGAUAUAAUAAUUGUGACUAGUUUAAUGCGACGAUGCAAAUGUGACGAAGAUGACGAAUGCCGGGAGCAAGCAUUGAAUUCGCUGGAUAAUUGCUCCAGUGACUGUGGCUAUAACUUGGCUCCUAUUGGCGGUGAUAUACAAGACAUGGUAGAUUGUUUUGGCAAGCAAGGGCCAGCUAUUCAAGCUGAAGAAAUCUGCUUAAGACAAAAAAUUGAUUACAAAUGUGAUAAUUGGUCUCAGCCCACAUUCAUCAAUGAAAUUAACUUCGAUAAUUUGGAGUUUACGUUCAAUGAGACAACAAAACCGAUUGUUGGUCCACUUAUGCAAAAAAUAUAUGACAGUUUAAAUGCUAUAUUCAAAUGUGGCCAUGAUUUGACGAAUCGCGAAACACUCAUCAGUUUCGCAAAGGAUUGCGUUGGAGCUUAUUCGCUAUUCUACAUUGAACAAAUACAAGCUUGUCAUUGUCUUCUUCAUAAACUUCAUCUCACGAAACUGAUAGGAGCAUGUGUCCAUAUCGGAAAUCCGUUCUUGAAAGGAUUCAAAUAA